AUGCCAUAUCUGACCAUCUACACCAAAAUGUACAAGCGACUCCAGAAUAUGAGAUCUCCAAGGAAGAGGCAGGGCUCCGUACCACAAAGAGGAGCGGCCAAGACAGCUCUCUUCAGCGCAGACAACCAGGACAUGGAGACAGAUUGGACAGACACAAGCUACUCGAGUGAUAAUACCAUACUUCUUGAGAGCAAUGAUGACAUCAGCGAGGACAACUCUGCAGCAUCCCCACUACCACUCCCCUCUGUGCGAAAGAAGCCAAAGAGUGGCACCAAAACAUCACUGCUGCCAUCCGAGUCAGCCUCAUGCUCCGCACCCACGACUGUGAUUGCUUCACCAACCACGUCUGCAUCACCAACCACGCCUGCAUCACCAACCACGCCUGCAAAGGAUGUUUUUGUGGGCCAGGACAGUCUGAAGAUGCAGGCUAGGCACUACAGAACAUUGAGCAACAUGUACAAUAAGCCCAAUGCAAAACCCAAUCAAAAUGAUGUUGCUCAAAUUUUGGACCUUGAGUUUGAGGCCAGACGGGCUUUCAUUGAUGCAGAUGUUACAAAGGAAGAGGACCGACCUGCAAAAAUCUUUGAGGCAUAUCCAUGCUUCAAAGAUGUUCGAAAUGCAAUGGAUGAGCUGCGGCGCAUACUAGGUGGCACCAACAGCAGAUACAUUGAGGAAGUAAAAGGAAGAUGGGCAGAAUUCUGUGCCAAGGUGCAGUUCUACGGUGUGUGGAAGAAAGUCCUGAAACCACCUUUCCCUUUGGAUGUCCGCAGUGUGGAUUUCACACUCGCCCUCUUCAAUGCACUCCCAUCCCUCUUCCCCUCACCAACUUCACCACCAAAGAAGCUUGGGAAUAGCUGUGAGGCACUUCUUCAUAUCCUGAAGUCAGGCGGAGACCCCACCCUGUAUCUGGAGAAGCGUCCUCUCUCCUCCCCAGUUCUGCUUUUUGAUGGAUCAACCACCAUCGUGGCUGUUGAGGCAGGGCCAGGAAGCAGAGUCAGUGUCACCGGUGCGCGUGUGGACCGUGGACACUGGAUUAGACUGACACCAGACCCCCCAGCACCAGCGGGGAACAAAAGGUUGACAGAGCGCUGUGCAGUGGAGCCGUGCAGUGGAGCCGUGCAGUGGAGCCGUGCAGAGGGGCCGUGCAGAGGGGCCGUGCAGAGGGGGGCCGGAGCCGUGCAGUGA